UGAGUCUGAUUGGUUGAACCGAGUGAAGCCUUUUAGACAAGGAAGUAGUCAAAUAUGUGACAGUACAGUCUAGUUUAGAUACUAAAUAAACAUGAUUUCAGGUGCAUUUUAUUCAUUAUUAGCGGGCUUUCUUGGAGCCGUCGCCUCCUCGUCAGCCAAGCUGUCUCUGGGCUCAAACUACCUCAAAGGGAUGUGUGAAACAGGGCUGAAAACCUGGUCUCAGGAUGUGGACUACAGGAAUAUUCAGGAGGAAACAUCACCCUGCGAAUGGCUCCACAUCCCUCUGCGGUUGCUGUGUGGAGGACUGCUGUUCACCAGUAAUGCUGUGAUGUGGACCUUCUUCUCCAAGGCUCUGAGACACUCCUCCUCCUCAGCCCGGGCCACGGUCACCACCACCGCAUCCAACUUUGUAUCCUCUGCAUUCCUAGGGAAGCUGAUCUUUGGCGAGACCCAUGCAGCACUGUGGUGGGUGGGCAUCUCUCUAACGCUCUCAGGUUUACUGGUGCUGCAUGGAUCAACUUCUCAACCAGCAGAGGCCAAGAAGGAAGAGUGAAGGACUGUCCACGUGUGGAAUAACAAUACCACUGCAUCAAACACCCCACUGGACCGCCUCGCCGUUUCACAAACGCUUUCUGGCUCAAAUAAUCUGGAUUUCACCAGAACCACGUUCUAUUACCACAAAGGGCUUUGAUGUUACAUCUGACUGUACAUGGAUUCUAACAUGUUACAUCUGACUGUACAUGUUACAUCUGAACAUGGAUUCUAACGUGUUACAUCUGACUGUACAUGGAUUCUAACGUGUUACUACUGACUGUACAUGGAUUCUAACAUGUUACAUCUGACUGUACAUGGAUUCUAACGUGUUACUACUGACUGUACAUGGAUUCUAACAUGUUACAUCUGACUGUACAUGGAUUCUAACAUGUUACAUCUGACUGUACAUGGAUUCUAACGUGUCUCAUCUGACGUGUUUCUGUUCUGUCUUACCGUCUCUGGGUACGACAUGACCAAGGUCUGCACUCCAUACACAAACAUGAUCAGGCUUUUUAAACACUACACAUUAUUAUGCAAACAAAGAAUUUUGAAUACGACCGUUGAGAUGUAUAUUUUAUUGACAAUAUUGUAAUGACCUGUAAGACUAAAUGCGUAUCAAUUUAUUGAAAUUAGAGUUCUGUAAAUAAAUCUUUACAUGAAA